AUGGCUGUUGCUUCUUCCUCAGUCUAUGGUCGCUUGCUUGCCUUUGCAUACAAACUGGCUUUGGAAUUCAAUCCUUUGCAGCUACGAAUUGCUUCCCACGCUCUUGUCCAGCUAGGAGAAUCGAUCUCACAGUGUGCUAUUUCAUCUGGUCAUCCUCCUGCUGCCAUCCGUAUCUUCUCGCUACUCUGCACCAAUGUCCAUUUGACUCCCUUGCAUGUGCUUUUGCUCAAACACUGUCUGCUGUCCAAAAACUACAAAGCUGGUCAUGAAGCUUUAAAGGUGGAGAUCACCGACAUGGCCUCUCCAAUCGCUCCUAUACGUAUCCAAGAUUUUAUGCUGUAUCAUUACUAUGGAGGCUUGAUUCAUAUAGGAAACAAGCAUUUUACUUGUGCCAUGCAGUUUUUUGAACUAUGUCUGGGUGUUCCUAGCGACAUUCCCUCUGCCAUCCAGAUCGAAGCUUACAAACGGUUUAUUCUGGUCUCUUUGCUUGCUAAUGGUGCUCUCUUGCUUCCAAAAACAGUCUCUCCUGUUGUGGCUCGGGUCUGUAAGUCACUGACGCUCCAGUAUGCAGAGUUUGCUACAGCUUACAGCUCACACUCACUUGCUCGUGCUACCACAAAAGCCUCUCAAUAUGCCAGUAAAUUCGAAACGGACAAGACAAAUGGACUAGUGCAUCAGUGUCUAGCAGAUCUAGUCCGUAGAAAAAUCAGAAAGCUCACAGAUACGUAUCUGACUCUUUCCCUUGGCGAUAUUACCAGAGCCGUUGGAUUAAACGAAUUGGAUGUCAUGACUGGAUCUGAAUCUACCCUCGAAGCCGAGGCUCAUGUUGUGCGCAUGAUUGACGAUCGUCAAAUUCUUGCUACCAUCAGUCAUUUGGAUGGAGGCAUGGUUUCGUUCCAUGAUGUAUUCAAUGGUUUGGAUACCCUCUCCACAACAGCUACCCUGGAAGACCAGAUUGCUACAUUGAUGGCUCGAGAUACCGAUGCUCAAAUUCUGGACAGAAAAAUCGGCCUAUCUCAAAACUAUCUUCAAAAAACUAUACAAGAUAAGGCUCGACCUUUGAUGAAUACAGAGGAUGAAACGAAAAAAGGAGCUUGGAAUGCCUAACUUUGUCAAAAUACAGCACAUAACCAUGAUACCUUUC